UUGGGAAAGCUUCUGCAUUUCGUCGUUCCGUGUCGCGUGGUACGAAUACUGUUUGCUGUUUUGGUGCUGUUCCACCUUCGCUCUGCCUGUUCGUCGUACGAAUUUAUUUUGUGUCGUGAUCUCACCACCGUUGGCUGGCUGGCUGGUUUGGCUUGACUUGGCUUUUUUGGUGCCGUUCUGUCCAGUUGUGUAACCGUUGUGCGGUGAGUUCUAGAGCCCAACAAAGUGUGUUCUUCGGAGUGCUCUUGUUCUGUGCCGUUCGUUCGUUCGUUCUGUUUGAGCAAGUGAUUUAGUCGAUUACCGUAGGAUCGACAAUCGCACAAUCCGGUAGCCGCGGUUCGUAAAGGAUUAUUGUUCUCUCUCUUUGUGGAAGGAAAGAACAGGAAGCAGUUGAAGAAGCCGGAACCGUCAAACCAAACAGCAGAGUUUAUUCGAAACUUUUGGUCACCAGUAAAUAAACACAUUCUUCUCCAAGCAAUGGCCGCCAUUUCGGAUUUCCGCAAGAAGAAGCUUCUGUAUGUGUUCCACGUGUUUUUCGAUAUUAAUCAAAGUGGAGAAAUCGACCGCAAGGACUUCGAACUGGCAAUUAAUAAAAUAUGCAACCUGCGUGGCUGGCCCGAGGGACACGCCAAGAACAAGGAAACCCACGACGCCAUGUUUAGAAUUUGGGACGGUCUGCGGACGAAGGCGGACGAGGAUAAUGACGGUCAGGUCUCCGUGGACGAAUGGUGCAACAUGUGGGAAGCGUACGCCAAGAACUCCAACGCCGUACUCGACUGGCAAGUGAGAUACAUGAAUUUUAUGUUCGAUCUCGAGGAUGCUUCCAACGAUGGAACCAUUGACUCUGAGGAGUUUUCCUCUGUUUAUUCGAGCUACGGAGUUGACAAGAAGGAGUGCCUGGAGGCUUUCAAGAAGAUGUCGAAGGGUGCCGGCGAAGUCAACCGGGAGCAAUUUGCCGUAUUGUGGCGCGAGUACUUCUCUUCCGAUGACGCGACUGCUCCGGGAAAUUUCAUUUUCGGCAAAAUUGCCUUCUAAAUCAAAAUUUACUGCGCCUCAGUUAUUACGAUGCUCAUCGAGAUGAAAUAAAAAAAUAAUAAGCAAAAUAAAGGUAAAUCAAUAACAAAUUUAACAGGCAGCGACGAAGAUUGCGUGCACCAAAAAAUAACAACAAAUUUCGAAUUAAUGUUUUCUAAUGGAGUGACAACCGAAAGGGACCGGUUAGCUGCGGAUGAAAAGGGCUAUCCGUUUCCUGCCAAUUGCCGUUGUUUCUAAUUACAGAAAAGAGUUUUAUUAUGUAGUAGCUUAUCGUAGGAUCACAACAUGCCACCACAGGUCCAGUAAGCGAUAGUAGGAAACAAAACAAAAUCAAAUAAAUCUUUUCCAAUCGCUCAAAAAUGAAACGGCAUGGACACGGAGCACGUUCAGCCCGAUUGUACCCAUUCCUGACAGAACACUUCUAAUAAUGCUAUCAUCGAAUCAAUAAAUCUAGAGUGUGGUGUAA